GUAACCAACCUCUUGAUCUGAAUGAAUUGGUUGAUGGUUUUCUGCAAGUGAUUAAGGACAAGACGAUUUUUUGCUUGCAUCAGUCUUUCUUCGACACAGUGUGUACAUUUAUUUCGGAAACCUAUCAGUGUAUGAUCGUCCUUGAUGAUGAUCGACGUAAUGGUAGGUUUUUGGUAAAAUUCAACUGCUUAAGAUCUGAUAUAUUGGUGUUGUACCGAACUAAACAGUUCAACAACUCUGUCAUCGGCUCGAUGCUGUGCCUUUUGAUUCAUCAGUUCUCUGAUAGUCCCUCCUUACCCAUAACGUUAAUUUCGACUGCGGUGGUUGAAUUUUUCAAACG